AUGUCGGACGAUAGACUACCAGCCAUGGUUGACAAGGCUGCUUGGGGAAAAGCGACUCCAGGGAAGAAAGGAAUCAGAUGGGACAAGAAAGGAAUCAGAUGGGACAAGGUGGUAGAGAGGGUUUGGAAGGAGAUAGGAGACGAAGAGGAGACAUUGGACACGGAAGGGUUUGGGGGGUUCAAGAAGAAAUUCAAGGUUAUGCUAGAAAGUAGGGAGGAGGCAACCCUUCGGAAGAAGGUACGAAGCAAAGACCACUUGGAGAUAUACGGGAAGUUGAAAGAAGGGAUAGGGAUGAAGAGUUACUUGGACGGCCCCAUGGACUACGCAAAAAAANUUCAAGAAGAAAUUCAAGGGAUGAAGAGUUACUUGGACGGCCCCAUGGACAACGCAAAAAAACUGAAGUUGCAAUUUCGAGUAGGCGAUCUGGACUUGCCAGAACGGAGGAAGAGACCCCACAUAGUUGGGGAGUGUGAGCUGUACAGGAAGGAAAGAGAGGAUCUCGAGGAGGACAUGAGACAGAGAGGGUGUGACAUGGACAAGUUUGAUGGUGGGCACAAGAGGCCGUAG